AUGAUCCCUCGCUUUGGUCGACACGGCCCACGAUCGAAAGUCGGCUGCACGACGUGCCGGACGCGCAAAAUCAAGUGUGACGAACGAAGACCGUUGUGCACCCGCUGUGAACGAGCCGGCAUCAAAUGCGAGUGGGACAAGCCGGCCAAGCCGCGUCGGCGGCGACUGCUGCGUCCUGCUCCCCCGGAGGAAGCCAGUCUGUCUUCGUCCUCUGCCUCUACCUCUGCCUCUGACACUGCUGCUAUCGCUGCCUCCGCCUCGGCUACCGACGAUGCCUCUCUGUCGCUGCCGCCGCUGGCGGUUCGUAGUGAGCCAGAACCGCCGUCUCGGCCGGGGCCGGGGCCGGGGAUGGACAUGCUCAUGUUCGAACCCUGGCGAGACCAAGACCAAGACCAAGACCAAGCCACCGCCACUGACACGGCCAUGGACACGCCUUUUCCGUUCCCCGACCUGAACCCUACAUGUACCCCGAGCGCACGACAGCAGCAGCUGGGCCUGAGUAUGCUCUACAACGCCAGCUCCAACCUCCACCUCCUGCGGCCCGCGCUGUCGACCACCCACAUCCCGCUGUCGAAUUCAUUGAUGCUGGGUGCUCAAGACCGCGAAUGCUUCCAGUAUAUUCCGAACUCGUUCAUGGUGCAGGCCAUCGGCAAGCCCUGGGCCUGGAGCAUGCUCUCGUACAUCCACUCGCGUAUCGCCAGCCACGAAAAAGGUGUCAUGCGGGCCUUCAUCGCCCUGGCCUCCAUGGAGCUGCGAUGCCGAUAUAUCUCGGCCACCGACCAAGGCCAAGGGCGAGACCCCGACCAAGUCCAGGCCGCCGCACGCCAGAAGAAGAGUCUGGCCACCGGCCACUACCGCCUCGCGCUGGGAGAUCUGUCUCGCCUGCUGGACCGCGCAUCACAGCCCGACCGGACCGACCAGGACCUGGACGCCCUGUUUGCCAUGUGGUUCCUGAUCCUGUGGUUUGGCACCUACGACCCCGAGCUCGUGCAGGCCUCUCACGUCCACCUCCGCGGCAUCCGGAGCUUCGUCUCGCAAAAUUUGCGGACGACUGGAGGUGGAGGCAAACCGGGUCUGCCCCCGGCAUCCCAGCAACUUCUAUACUUUAUCUCCCUGGUCGAUACCAGUCUCGCCCUGGGCAACCUGCGCGGCGGCGAGCUGACGCAAGAUCUCUUGUCGCUCCGGGCGGAUUCGCACCUGCACCAAGAUCGACUGUUCCAAGAAGCGCGCACCUGUCUCCCACGCAUCUGGGGCGCCAACUACCCCCCUGAGCAGCUCCUGGACGACCUCGAGAACUACCGGCCACUGAGCUUGCUGCAGGCGUGCGAAAAACUCAAGAUCGAACUCUGGAGCUUGGGGAUCACGUCCACCAACGCCGCUGUCGAUCAGCGCGACCUCGACCUGCUUUGGCAGAAGAUCGAGACCGCGGGUCAGGUCUUUGCCGAUGUCAUCACCAUGGCCCGGAUCGCCACCCACUCAGGCGGCCGCCGCGUCAUGUGGACCGUCUACCACUCGGCGCUUGAGUACUACGCCGUGCGCGUCUUGUUUUCCUGCCUGAGCAGCAGCAAAAAGCCCGAACACGGAAACAGUCACGAACCCGAGUUCCCCUCCUGGCUGGACACUACCCUGACCGAUCUGCUGGGCAUUGCCUACAAAUCCCUCGGCGAAAAUCCUCUCAUGGUGUACCGCUUCGCCUGGCCGCUGACCGUGGCCAUGCUUCGCACGCGGGACCCCAUCCACAAAGACUGGAUUUCCUCCCAGGUGCGCCGCGCUCAUGCUCUUGUCGGUAGCCUGGGGAUCCCCACCCAUUUGCUGCAGGACAUGUCCACAUCUCCCGGCGCUCUCCUUCUCGACUCACCGCCACACGAGCAGGAGGCCUUGGACGUCAGUCUCACUCUCAGCAACAGCAACAGCCACAGCCACGGUAUCUAG